AAGAUUCCUCUUCUGACACGAUGAGCGUUCAAGAAGCGAUACGGAACAUUGAGCCCAAAGAACUUUCACUUACGGUACUAAUGGAAUGUGGGCAUUUCCAGAGCAACUACCUGCCGCCCUCACGGAGAUACAGUUCCGCCUGAAUAAUGCCAAGCAUGCAAUAAAAAGAAACGUGUACAGAGACUGCUUGGUAUUCCCUGAACAUGGCUACGGUGAUGUCGUUGUCUGGACGAGUUGGUCUCGUUACAGGCGGAGGAACGGGAAUAGGAUUUAUGAUUGCCAAGGCCUUCGCUGCAAACGGUGCGAAAGUCUACAUCACUGGGCGAAGACUGGAUGUGCUAGAGCAGGCUGCGGCGUCAAUCACAGGCGUACCGGGAUCCGUUAUCCCACUCCAGAUGGAUGUGGCGAAUGAAGAAAGCGUCAAGGCUGGCGCAAAGCACGUUGAAGGAAUUGAUGGCAAGCUCGAUAUUCUCGUCAACAAUGCUGGAUUCGGCACCUCCCUUCAUGACCCGGACUUUGUUGCGAAAAAGUUCGCGGCUUCAGAUCCUUUCGAACCCGAGACGGUACAAAACUGGAUGGAUAUCUUCGCACUCAACACCAUCGCUCCAUUCUUCGUCGUCCGUGCCUUCCAAUCCCUUCUCAUACAAGGAGCGCAUUCUCGCCCUCAAGGAACUUCGAGCGUCAUCAACAUCAGCAGUGUGGCUGCAAAGAUACACGCGCCAGUGAAGAUGGGCUGCUUGGCGUACGGCCUGACGAAGGCAGCCUUGGAAAAGCUCACUCUUGUUCUGGGAACAAGCUUUGCUGGGAGAGGUAUCCCGAUUCGGGUGAACGCGCUGGAGCCUGGCGUGUUUCCAUCGGAGAUGAGUACUCCUGAGUUUGUGGAAAUGGUCAAGACGGAGCCAUUUCCUGGGUUUAUGGCCCCAGUACCUGUGAGGAGACAUGGGACUGAUACGGAGAUGGGGAUAGCGGCGAUCUAUUUGGCAGUAUCUGACUAUACAAACGGAGCGAUAUUGGGUAUUGAUGGUGGGGUAAUGUUGGUCAAUCCUUGAAGAGUUGAUCAUCUAAUGAUAAUGAACAACUUCUGAUUUCCGGGAGAAACAUACCGAUGUUGUUGUUAUGAUCAGGCUUGUUCACGGACUCCGAGAUCAGAUAACGAUGAGUAGUUGAGUGAAUGUAUUGCAGUGGGUGAUGUAUCGCUUUUCUUUGCACUUAUUCUUGUGCGCGUUGACAGCUGGGAAUUCUACGUUGAAACGUACUGGGAUUUGGUCACAUUUAACGAACGGCAGGGUCAUUGAAAGUG